GGGGAUCAAACGCAGGACCUCGCGCUUGCCAGGCAGGAGCUAUGCCACUGAGCUAAAUCCCCGGCCCUGUAAUUUAGAUUUUAUGCAGCGCUGCCAAGAUACCUAGAACUGCUGAUGAAACUGCAGUCCGCAAAUCUAAGGCUAGACUCUAGACUAAAGACAGCAGCGGAUUCAGUGUCCGGACAGGAUCCCUCUGUCAACACCCGUCACCUACUCUUCGGCCUCUAGCGAAAGUGCGACUACGAACGAGCAGGCACGCACGGGCUCGGCGGAGGCGCGCUUGGGCUCCCGGCGACGACGACAACGACCAGGAGAGGGGACGGAGGCGGCGCCUGAAGCAGCGGCGGAGCCCAUGCCCCGGGACGGCGGGUGGGCCCGGAGAGACGAGUCCGGGGCCCGGGGCAUGUCCCCGGGGCCCCCGUGAGGAGGCGGCGGCGGCGAUGGAGAUCCCGCCGCAGGAGGCGCCGCCCGAGCUGGGCGCCGACCCCGAAACCGAAGCCGAAGCCGAAGCCGACGCCGAGGAGGCCCCCGCUGAGGCCGAGUCUCCCAGCCCUUCAUCGCCCCCGGCCGACGGGCGCCUCAAGGCUGCAGCCAAGCGCGUCACAUUUCCAUCGGACGAGGACAUCGUAUCCGGAGCAGUGGAGCCCAAAGACCCCUGGAGACAUGCCCAGAACGUGACGGUGGAGGAGGUGAUCAGCGCCUACCGGCAGGCCUGCCAGAAGCUCAACUGCAGGCAGAUCCCUAAGCUGCUCCGGCAGCUGCAGGAGUUCACAGACCUUGAGCACCGCAUUGACUGCCUGGACCUGAAAGGGGAGAAGCUGGACUACAAGACCUGCGAGGCGCUGGAAGAGGUCUUCAAGAGGCUGCAGUUCAAGGUCGUGGACCUGGAGCAGACAAACCUGGACGAAGAUGGUGCCUCAGCCCUGUUCGACAUGAUCGAGUACUAUGAGUCGGCCACCCACCUCAACAUCUCCUUCAACAAGCACAUUGGCACCCGGGGCUGGCAGGCCGCCGCCCACAUGAUGCGGAAGACCAGCUGCCUGCAGUACCUGGACGCCCGCAACACGCCACUGCUGGACCACUCGGCACCCUUCGUGGCCCGUGCCCUGCGCAUCCGCAGCAGCCUGGCCGUGCUGCACUUGGAGAACGCCAGCCUGUCGGGGCGGCCGCUCAUGCUGCUGGCCACAGCCCUGAAGAUGAACAUGAACCUGCGGGAGCUAUACCUGGCCGACAACAAGCUCAAUGGCCUGCAGGACUCAGCCCAGCUGGGCAACCUGCUCAAGUUCAACUGCUCCCUGCAGAUCCUGGACCUGCGCAACAACCAUGUGCUGGACUCUGGUCUGGCCUACAUCUGCGAGGGCCUCAAGGAGCAGAGGAAGGGGCUGGUGACCCUGGUGCUGUGGAACAACCAGCUCACACACACGGGCAUGGCCUUCCUGGGCCUGACACUGCCGCACACACAGAGCCUGGAGACGCUGAACCUGGGCCACAACCCCAUCGGGAACGAGGGCGUGCGGAACCUCAAGAACGGGCUCAUUGGCAACCGCAGCGUGCUGCGCCUGGGCCUGGCCUCCACCAAGCUCACCUGCGAGGGCGCGGUGGCGGUGGCGGAGUUCAUCGCCGAGAGCCCCCGCCUCCUGAGACUGGACCUGCGGGAGAACGAGAUCAAGACGGGCGGGCUUAUGGCACUGUCCUUGGCCCUCAAGGUGAACCACUCCCUGCUGCGCCUGGACCUUGACCGAGAGCCCAAGAAGGAGGCGGUGAAGAGCUUCAUUGAGACUCAGAAGGCGCUGCUGGCCGAGAUCCAGAACGGCUGCAAGCGCAACUUCGUGCUGGCGAGGGAGCGGGAGGAGAAGGAGCAGCAGCUGCAGCUGUCAGCCUCCAUGCCCGAGAUCACGGUCACCGGGCCGCAGCCCCUCGGGGAGUCCGGGGAUGUGCCCGCUACCUCGGUGCAGAACGGGGCCCCCAGUUCAGGGCCCAGCCCAGAUUCAGACUCAGACUCAGUCUCGGACGGGGAGGAGGAGGAAGAGAAGGACGAGCAGAGGAAAGAGGCGGGCAGUGGGCAGAGCCCCUUGGCCCCCUGCCCUGCCCUGGUGGCCCCCACGGACUCUCUGGGCCCUGGGGACAGGAGCCCCCCAGGCAGCCCCUCCUCCCCCACCGAGCAGCGGAUUUCUGUGUCCAGCCCGGGCCGGGGUCACAAGGUGUUUGUGGUGACCCGGGUGGAGAGUCCACCCGAGAGGGCAGAGCCCCCCAGCCUUGCCUCCCCUCCCUCCCCAGCCCUGUCCCCCAGCCCUGUCUUCCCGCCAGCCAAGCCCAUUGGCACCCAGGAUCCAGGGUCAUCUGAGCCGGAGACACUUCAGUCAGGGCCACCAUUGCCCAAUGGCCUGAAGCCUGAGUUUGCCCUCGCGCUUCCCCCAGAGCCACCCCCGGGGCCUGAGGCCAAGGGAGGCAGCUGCGGCCUGGAGCACGAGCUGCGCUGCCCGCAGGAUGAGAAGGCGCUGGAGGAGCUGCUUCUGGAGGCCAGUCAGGAGGCCACACAGGAGACACUGUGACACUUUCCUUUUUUCUGGUCAGUCUUGGAUGAGCUGAGGCCAGAGCCAUGAGAAGCUGAGGCCAGAGCCAUGAGAAUCUGCUCGCCCUCACCCCAGCCCUCCUGAGGCCCAGGAUGCCAAGGCCAGGAGCACCCCAGGACCCUGCCCCAGGAACACUGCGGCCUCGAGGCAGUGGCGCAUCUAUUUAUGUGUCUGCCACUGGAGGACUUGGGCUGGGGUGGACGGGGGAGGAGGGGGAGGCGGCCUCAGGGCCGCUCUGGUCCUGGAGAGCCUACUCAGCCCAGCCUGCUGUGUCAAGGGCAGGAGUCCAAGGUGGCCGGUGGCCCCCUUGACCCCACCGGGGACCAAGCAGGAGGCAUGGGUGGUGGAAGUUCCCAGGAUGCCCCAGGUGGGGUGUGGGCCGGGCGGGUGGGGCUGGGUGCAAAGGGGCAGAGCUUUCUUUCUCUUAAGUGCAAUAAAUCUAUCAGGGAGCUGGGGCAGCAGCGGGCGUCUGGGGACCCCGCUGCUCAGGCCAUUGCGGCUGUGCCCUGGAAGGCACUACAACCUCGGGCGGGCGGGCGGGGGUGACUGUCGGUGCGGCCCUGUUCACACCUUUUCUAAUAAAGGGGCUGGGUUCACCAC